UGACUGACUCGAAUAAUCACACAUUACUUUCGUCAGAAUAUUUCUGUCAGUCAUUGAUGGAGUGGCUAUGUUUUGGGGCUUCAUCCUGAAGGUAAACAAUCCUAGUGAGCUCUAUAUUUCUAGGUUUUAAAUUUAAAUUGCUCUCUUCCCCUCCGUGCAAUACAUUCGUUAAUUUUUUGUUUGUACUCUUCUGGUUGUACCUCCCUCGCUGGAAGUCAAGUGUGACGUGAGUGUGCAGAAAAGAAACAGGCAAAUAGCGAGUACUAAUUCUUUAGUUUCUUAGUUAAUAUUUCUUGAUCGCGUUUCUCCGACAGAGGAUGAUCUCCUUUUGAUCAAAGAUUUUCUCAGUAGGAAUUCGAUCCCACAGGUUAGUAAUUAACGAUACGUUUUUAGAGAAGAAACAAGCUGUUAAUGUGUUUUGACCCUUGGCCUCGAAGCACGAGUUGAAACGUGUACUCAUGCAGGAAUCGAAGCAAUUCCUGAGAUGAUAUUUUAAUUAUUAUCAUAUAACAAACCCUACGAUUUGUUUUGAUUUCUAACUUCGUUCAUUUUUAAUUAAGGUUUGUUAACAAUCACUCUUGUUUUUGUUCGUGGCAGAUCAUAUAGCUGUACUCCACGAGUUGUUUUAACAAUUCAUUUUUUUUUUUUUAUAAAAUGUGUUUUACCAAGUAUAGCUUGUCUAGACAGAGAUGAGAAAUCCUCUAAGCGUUCGAUCCUCAUCUAAGUGACAUCAAUGAUAUCUAGCCGCGAUGAAAUAACAUUACUGAAGAACACGAUUAAUAAAUAAUGAGCUGAAAGUCAAUUAGAUGUUUAAAAAUUUGGGACGUUGUUUCAUGGAGAGAAAUCUUCCUUAAGAGAACUGUUAUUGAUAGUUUGCGGUUGGAAACCAAGACAUCCAUGCCUAUCGGAAAUCUACCUAGAGGUGAAGUAAUAUAGUCCAGAUUUUUUUUCAUUGAAUUAAACCGAUUGAAAUUGAAAAUUAGACAAACUGGAUCUUGAUUCGAAAAAGUUUAGAGAAUGAAAAUAUUACGUAUAUGCUGCUGAUGACACUAACAGUCAUGAAAAUCAAAUGAACUGAACAAAGCGUUUUCACAACAAUUACAGUCAGUGUCUUGCGAAAUCAGGCAUGGUCUGCAGAAAAUAUGUUGAAAUCUCACACAUACUUUGACUGUGGGAAGCAAGUCUGUCAUCUGUUAACAGGAAUAUAUAUAUUUUUGUAGUUUGAAGUGACUAAAUAUGAAGCAAUUCUUUUAUUCACAAAAUGCCAUUAUUUUUGUCAUCCUUCAUAACCGGCCUAGUCACAACUAUACACAUCUUCUGAUCCUGAAAUAACAUGAACAAGAGAUCUUUCCAAUAUGAUAAACUAAUUAGGUGUCAUAUUGCAUCACAAGUGAACAGGAAAGAUCUAACUCCCUAAUUAAGAGAAUACACUUGAUUUGUACAGUGUGUUACCUAUCAUACUUUGUUUAGAUGUUUUUGUUGAUAUUGAAUUACUAAUUUUGAAUAAUAUUACUUUGGUAUGCCAUUCAAUAAUUGUCCUUUCCUAAAUAGUAAAAAUAACUUUUCGUGAUUUUUUGUAUGACGCCCAAUAUGGGUAUGUUUGACAUCAGUAAAAAACCACUCUUGUUUGACUCCCAAGGGAAAGGAAAUUGGUUGUCAGAAGCGGUGAAAAUAAUAAAGUAAACUUACAUUCAUAUGUUUGAUUAAAAGAGGGAAGCAGUUUUGGUGUGAGUUAUUUGAAGUCUGAAGAAACGGAAGGUAUCAGAAAUCAGGAUUCUGCUGAAUGUUUUUAUUUGUUUCAUGUAAAAUGAUUGAAAUAAUUUGACAGGUUAGGUUGAAGAAUGAGUUCAUGACUUAAGUACAGGUUGACAGUAAAUAAGCUUAUAUGGGAAAUCAUGUUCAACUAAGAGUGAUGAAAAGUUAUUAUCAGUUUCACUUGAUCGCAAGUGAUGUCCAUGUGUUUGGUUAGCUGUUCUGUCGCUCAUGAUUUAUUAAUUUUCCAUAGCUGGAUCAAUGUUCAGAGUCUUAAAAUAGCUGAGAAGAAUAUACUGCUUUUGAUCUAACAUCUGGAAAUUGUUAGAGAUUCUUGUUUUCUAGUAUGAGGUUGAUAAACUGUAGGCUCCAUCUCCUAUCUUCUCUGUACUGGAGAGCAGGGGGCAUUGAAGAACCUAUGCACAUCCUGCAAAGAUAGGGGAACAUUGCUCCAGCCAUAGUGGUCUGGCCUUGAUUCUAAAAUUGGGGCAUCUGCAAAAAAUACCUUCAAAAAUUGUUAACUUCUCAAUGUAAUCUGGCUUAAGUCACUUGCAAAAUGUUGUAAAAUGCCAUGAGCUAGUGAAUACGAUGCAAUAGAAAUCCUCCAUUAUUAUCAUUAUUAUUGUUAUUAUUGUUGUUGUUAUAUUUAAUUUGGCUUACUUUGUGAUUACUUUGAAUUUUCAGGGAGGAACAGGUUUAGAUAAAUAAUCACUACACUAGCAUCAAGGGAGUGAUUGAAAUACUGCCAGGAAAAUGUUGCGAGUUCAAACACCACGUUUCAAGAAAAUUAUUCAACAACAGUUUACAAGCAGCAGUGGAUUAUGGUCAACAUGUCGGUAUCUCCAUGCAGGAAAUAAAUUGUUUCAGACUAACAAACCUGAGCCUCGUAGAAGUGAAAUAAAGAAAAUUUUGGUUGCUAAUCGUGGUGAGAUUGCUAUCAGAGUCUUUCGUGCAGCUACUGAGGCUGGUAUUAGGACUGUUGCUAUUUAUUCAGAACAAGAUGCUAAUCUCAUGCACAGACAAAAGGCUGAUGAAGCAUAUCUCAUUGGCAAAGGCAUGCCUCCUGUUGCAGCUUAUUUAAAUAUUCCAGAAAUCAUCAAAAUUGCAAAGGUAAAUAAAUGAGUUAGGUGUUUAGGUUUGGUUUUAUUCCUUUCGCUCCAAAGAUCUCAUUAGCAAUUUUCUUUACUUUCCGCCAUACAAUUCUCAUGAUUUUGAUUUGGAGAAUAUGGUAUUGGAUCAACCAAUAAUCCCUCAACUGACAGUUUUUUUUUCUCUCAUUGCUUCUCUGCUAGAUAUUGUAAAGAUUUUGAGAGGAGAAUUUUUUUUCUUGGUUAAAAAUGGGUUUAAAAACCACAAAUAGCAGAGCUACAUGUGUACAUUGAGGGUUAGGUAAAUAAUCAUUGUCUUUUAAAUUAUAUUCCAGGAAACAGAGGCUGAUGCAAUUCACCCAGGAUAUGGAUUUCUCUCAGAGAGAGCCAACUUUGCUGAAGCUUGUGUCAAAAACGGCAUCAUUUUCAUCGGCCCCUCCCCCUCAAUUGUCAAAAUGAUGGGGGAUAAGGUGGAAGCUCGGCAAGUAGCAGUCGAUACAGGUGUGCCUGUGGUUCCUGGCACAGAGAACCCAAUCAAAACUGUGGAAGAGGCCAAAGCCUUCUGUGAGCAGUAUGGGUUGCCUGUCAUAACCAAGGCAGCAUAUGGCGGAGGUGGCCGUGGCAUGAGAGUAAUCCAUAAGAUGGAAGAUGUGGAAGAGUUCUUUAACUUAGCCAGCAAUGAGGCAUACGCUGCUUUUGGAGAUGGUUCAAUGUUUAUUGAAAAGUUUGUUGGUAGGUUCAUUACCCUUUAUCUCCCAAGAUCUCAUUAGUAAUUCUCCUUACUGUUUGCUAUACAGUUUUUGUAAUGUUAGUUUGGAGAAUUUGGUAUUGGAUCAACUUAUAAUCCCCUAAUUGACAUUUUCAUUUAUUCUCAUCACUUGUCUGCUUGAUAUUGUAUUGGUACUGUAAGGAGAAAUUCUGUCUUGGUCACCCAUGGGACUUAAAGGAUUAAAUAGUCAUUUCUCAAGAAUUAAGGAAUGUUGGCAAUUGAAUUAACAACGAAGGAAAUUGUUUUGAACAAUGUAACACGAUAUUUCAAGGAGUGACUAACAUAGAAUUGUCAAUAUCAAUAAAUAUCAAUCAAUAUCGAUCAAUAUCAAUCUAUAUCAAUCAAUCAAUAAUUUAUUUAACCACGUUAUCGUCUAAGAGCACCAGUGCUCAUUCAAAAUAUGAACGUGCAUUAAAUCUACAAUUACAAUAAUAAAAUCUAGUAUUAAAAGGAAAAAAAGACAUUUUAAAUACGUAAUCUAUAAUCUACGUACACACGAAUAUAAGGUGUUAUAAAAAUUACACACCGACACAAAAAAGAAAAUUUAAAAAUAUAAAAAUUACAGCUGAAUUGAUCUUAGCUUGGACUUAAAAACAUUAACAUCAUCGGCCAGCUUUACAUCUUCUGGAAGUUUAUUCCAUAGUUGAGCGCACUUGUAAGUAAAAGAGUUCCUCAUAAAUCUAAGAUUAAAUUUGGGAACGCAAAGAUUAACGCCAUUUCCUCCAAGGAGUGACUAACAUAGAAUUGUAUGGCAAGCAGUGGGGAAAGUUGAUAGGAGUCAAAUAUGAGGAGUCGAUGAAAGACUAAACUUUUGGAUUUGAAAAAAUUUUUCUUUUCAUCCAGAACAACCAAGACAUAUUGAAGUUCAGAUGAUGGGGGAUGCCUACGGAAAUGUUGUACACCUUUAUGAACGAGACUGUUCAGUGCAGAGACGUCAUCAGAAAAUCAUAGAAAUCGCCCCAGCGCCAGAACUUCCUCAGGAAAUCAGAGACAAAAUGACACGCGAUGCCGUUAAACUGUGUAAAGCAGUUGGUUAUCAAAAUGCUGGGACUGUGGAAUUCUUGCUGGAUCCACAAGGAAAUCAUUAUUUUAUCGAGGUUAACGCCCGUCUUCAAGUGGAGCACACGGUGACGGAAGAAGUUACAGGGUAUGUUGUUUUUAUCAGUGUCUACUGCAAAGUUGUAGUCAAGUUUCAGUCCGGGUAGGAGUAGGGGGAAGGAGGAGGGGUGAUUACCAUGGUUGGCGUGACCCUCCUUUUUUCGAGAAAACGUGACAAUUCGUGACGCGUACACGGCGUCAAGCGCAUCGUUUUGGUCAACCUCGCAACAACAAAAAAAAAAUGAUGAAAGGGACAGCUGGUGGAGCAUGAUAUGACGUACCAUAGCUAUCAGCAACUCAGGGAGAGAGAGAAUGUGUAUCCCAUUUCAACUCAGAACUGUGUACAGGAAGUAAUGAAAACUUUACGGCUUCCUUCACGUCCCUCGAAUGCAGUUGGCCAAUUUGGCGACUUCCGCUGCUAACCUAGUCACCAAAACCUACUCCCCAUGGCGACUAACGGUCGCAGUUUGAGUGCUACAAUGAUUUUUCUCUCUUGAAUUUAUAGUGUCGAUCUGGUACGAACACAAAUCAAUGUGGCAGAAGGAAAAUCUCUGGAGGAAAUAGGACUUCGUCAAGAGGAUAUCAAAGUGACUGGAUCAGCAAUUCAAGCUCGUAUCACAACUGAAGAUCCUGCAAAUAACUUCACUCCAGAUACAGGCAGGAUUGAGGUAAUAUUUACAUGUACUGUAAUAAUUCGAUUUAGCGCCCGCGGCGCUUAUUUACUUUGGUACCUCAAGGGAGGGUGCUUAUUCGAAACAGGACGCUUAUUAGGGACAAGGUGCUCAUUUCUUUUUUAUAGCAAUAUAAACUAGCUUGGUUAUGCUUUAGUACAUUGAUCACUGAUAUUUACGUUGAUUAUUGAGAUUGCCAAAGAUUUUCAGAGUUUUGCGAAGAUCGUAUCUCCUUGGUUACGAAGAUUUGCCGAAGAUUGUCAGAGAUUACUGAGGACUGCAUGACGGAGAUUAGAGAGGAUUGUAUUACGUUGACUUCGGAGAUCGGAAAUUGCCGACGAUUUCUAAUGUUUCCUAAGAUUACACUACGUUGAUUACGGAGAUUGGCGAAGAUUUCCGAAUAUUGCCGAAUAUUUGCCACUAUUCUUAGGGAGACUUCCGAAGAGGAUUUGCAUCCACUUUGUAAAGAUCAAACCGUUAUAUCUUCAUCAUUAUAUUUUUUCUGUUUUUUUCACAGGUUUUCCGAACAGGUGAAGGAAUGGGAAUUCGAUUGGAUGGGAAUUCCAUGUUUCCUGGUGCUGUGGUUUCUCCUCAUUACGACUCACUUCUAACUAAAGUUAUCAGCAAAGGCUCAACUCAUAGAGACGCUGCAACCAAACUGCUGAGAGCACUGCGUGAGUUUAGAGUCAGAGGGGUCAAGGUAUGGCUUAUACAUUUUUUUUAUUCUAAUUUUUUACUUUUUAUGUGAUUGUUAUUCACCGAUAUAGCUCCACCUGUCCCAUCAACAUUAAAGUGAAUUAUUGUUUCAAUAAAUUUCACAACUGCUAGAAUAACUGGCCGACAAAAAAGCACUCGAUUUUUGUCAAACGUCCGGGAAUCUAACCUCAAAAACUUAUCAGCCUCAGUUACCAAAGUCAGUAUUCUCACAUUUUCCGGGGAUUCAGUCAAACCUACGGAGAUGGUCAUGGUCUAGAAUAAGCGUUGAAUUAUCAUUGCGAUUCUAUGGGGGAAUUUUUUUCGUUAGGAAAAAUUGCCGUAUAGAGGCUUUCUUACCUCGCAAAACCAGCACCAAAGAGAAAUAUCGUAACUCUGAUAUUAACAUUGUCAUCAACUAUACCACGCAAUUAACUGAGCAAGGCGAUGGAAAUAAAAAGGAGUUGUACGGCUUAGAUCGUUUAGUCUCAGUUUUCAAAAGAGAGUCUUGUAGUCAGCGAGCAGCCUCUCAAUAACGCUGCGUCAUUUAAGGCGAAGCCCGUAGGUUUUGAGUCCGCGAGCGAUGCGAAUCUUCGCAUGGUCUGCGAGGGGUCUGCAACGGUUCUGGUACUCCUCACAGACAUUUUUCGCGGUCUUCUCGCACGCUCACAGCGCUAACGUGAGCCUCGGAUUUUACCACUUGCCAGUCUUAGAAAAAGGAAGAAAGAUACCUGAGUCAAUGUAAUAAACACAGUGACGUUGCUUUUUUUGCAGACCAAUAUUCCUUUCAUUAUCAAUGUUCUUAAAGAAGAUGAGUUUCUAGAUGGCGCUGUCAGGACAGAUUUCAUCCUCCACAGACCUCAGUUGUUCAAAGUAGAAUGGGGUCAAAAUCGAGCUCAGAAAUUGCUCCAGUAUCUUGGAAACGUGAUGAUUAACGGACCGUGCACUCCUUUGGCGACUACUUUGAAACCCUCCAAGGACGCUCCAGAAGCACCCGAGGUAUGAAACGUAUUGCUCUAACGCGCCAUGUGCCGUCUUGUACAUUAUAACAAAUUCAGCCUAAGUUUUUUUAAAGUUCCGCUCUGACUAGCUUAUGGAAGCUAUUGUAUAUACAAAGUGUAGUCAGGGAGUUGAACUCUGGGUAACCGAGAACAAAUCUAGUGAGCACCAGGGUGAAGGGCAUUAGAUUACAAGUCCAGUGCCCAGACCCCUUAGCCACACUACCUUCGUUCAGGAACCUUCCAAUUAUGUCCACAGUAUGAUAACUUUAAGGACUUUUGCAUUUCCCUCUACUUAAUUAAGUGUUGAUUUAUUUUUUUUAAUCGGAAUUGUUGGUGGUUUUAAAUCUGAGUGGUUUAUGGGAUUGUGUGAGUUUUGUCGACGUAUCAUUAAGUGUGGUUAUAUACAACCAAGGCAAUCCAGGGAUUAAUUUUACACUUUCACUUAAAAAUGCUUCAAAAAUAAUCUGUCUAAUUUGUUAUGAAUAGUUGUUUGUUAGUAAAAAGCUUUCUCUUCUACUAGAUCCCCAAAACGUCCAAUUCGGGUUCCUACGGCCACCUGAGACCGAGUGGAUUCCGAGAUAUUUUAUUACAGCAAGGACCUGAAGGUUUUGCCAGUGCUGUUCGAAAGAGCAACAGGCUUCUGCUGACAGAUACAACAUUUAGGGAUGCCCACCAGUCACUGCUGGCCACCCGUGUGAGGACUCAUGACAUGCUCAAAGUGGCGCCAUUUGUAUCGCAUUAUUUUGCCAAUGCCUACAGUUUGGAGAAUUGGGGAGGUCAGUGCAUAUGCAAGACUCCCUAGACUUAAAAUCACUGACGGUGUCAGAACAUUGCAGUAACCGACCUUGAAAUUUUUACAGCACCUGAAUAAUCAGCCCCAGAACACAUUUCGAUCAAUUGUCGUGAAACAAUACCAGAGCAAUCCAAGUAAUUUCUUAGGAUUAGGAGCCAAUGGAAAUUCAAAUCGAAAACAUGUGAUCUGUCUGAGGCGCGGAAAAAAGCGAGUAGUGUCGCGACUGGUUUUAGAUUUGUAUCUGAUUAGUUAAGAGGGUGAUACGUGUUUUCUGGACCCAUCGUAGAGCGAGUUAAAGCAAAACCGAUGCAAGGCGGGAUUAGUUUGGGACACUUGUUUGAAAAUGGCCCCUAACGAUGGAAUUACGAAGCUUUGUUCAGCCAGCUUUUGCUUCAGCCAACAAACUUAGAUUUGAAUCUGAAGAAAUAAAGCCUAAUGUACUUUUUGGGCUGGGGAUGUACGCUGUACUCCUAGUCAAAGAUCAGCAUCGAGUUCUCCGUAUCUUAUUGGUAGAGUUUCAACAUGCAGUCUGGGAUUCGAAUCCAUUUUAGGAGCUGCAAUUUUUUCUCUCGUCGGCUUUUGUAACAAAACGAAUUGCAUCGUUCUACAAUGGGGGACCGAGCCCAAAAUUAAUCAUCUUUGCAACUUCAAUCUAUUUACAGGUGCAACCUUCGAUGUUGCCCUACGUUUCCUGUACGAAUGUCCCUGGGAUCGCCUGGCCCAGCUGCGGGAAGCUGUUCCCAACAUCCCGUUUCAGAUGCUCCUCCGCGGUGCAAAUGCGGUGGGAUACACCAGUUACCCCGACAACGUGGUUUUCAAGUUCUGUGAAAAGGCGCACCAGAACGGCAUGGAUAUUUUCAGGGUAUUCGAUUCCUUGAACUACCUGCCGAAUUUACAGGUAAUUACAAUAUUAUAUCUACAAAUUAUAUCGCUUGAACCGACUAGAAAUAUGUUUUCUUCUCACAGAAGGGAUGCUGGUCCAUCGCAGAUAACCUCCCCUCCCCACUCCCCCUCCCCACCCCUCCUCCCUCUUCCCCUGUAGGGCUUCCUGUCAGCCCCAAGGUCUUUUCAUUAGUACUACCGGGGGAUACUCUUCCACUGAUCUUCAGGAGAUUUUAAGUACAGUACUGAGGCCGUCAUUUCUCAUGAUGUUUAUACAACACGUUUUCGACUCUGGCCUUGUGACAUUAUCAUCUUUUCGGGCGUGUUCUACUGCGUGUUUCAAAAAUAUCAUGGCACUGCACUGUAUUAAAGUUUUAGUUCACACUGCGUUGGUUCUCCCCACGAACACAUAGGAGUUUACAGUGCAUUUGGCCUUCAACCUCUGACUGACGCCUUUUUUUACCCUUCAGCUUGGUAUUGAAGCUGCUGGCAAGGCAGGCGGAGUGGUAGAGGCUGCGAUAUCCUACACUGGUGAUGUGUCCAACCCAAUGAAGACAAAGUAUAACAUUGAUUAUUACAUGAACCUGGCGUCAGAACUGGCACGUUCUGGUGCGCAUGUGCUCUGUAUCAAGGUAUGGCACGAAGGAAAUAAUUAAUUCAUUUAUAGCUUUUUUAUGCUAAACAAAAACGCUUGUAGUAAUCCUUACAGCGUUUGGCCUUAAAAGGGGGUAGAUCUAUUUUUACUUCCAAAGAUGUGUUUCAUUCUUUCAUUACUUCCUGCGCCAAAUUAUCCACUAUCACAGCUUUCAAUUUCAAAAUUAAGCUAAGGAUCAACCUUUUUUUUGGUGAAAAAUGAGUUUUAUUUUCAUAAGAACAAAAAUAAUAAACUAAAUCGUAUUCACAUUUACCCUUGUUUCACAGCAAAGGCUUUGGCCAUCUAGCUUUAGUCUUCAAAGAGAGCGCUAACUGUCCACAUAAAUUUUAAUGAGAAGCAUACUUAAGUUAUUCGCAGUGUAAGACGUAGCUUUAAACUAACGAGAGUGAAGGUCUUCUCUAUUUCCUUUUCUCUCCUUUCUUUCUAUUUUGUCCUUAUUUUUCCCAAUGAUUUAAUGCAACUCCGCAAUAUCUGCACGACUAGUCACGUGUCUCUAUUUAUUCCUUAUACAGGACAUGGCCGGAGUAUUAAAGCCAAAUGCCGCUACAUUGUUGAUUGGUUCUCUUCGAGCCCAGUUCCCUAAGUUACCCAUUCACGUGCAUACCCAUGAUACCGCUGGGGCAGGUGUAGCCUCCAUGUUGGCCGCGGCGGAGGCCGGAGCCGACGUGGUAGAUGUUGCUGUAGACUCCAUGUCUGGCAUGACGUCACAGCCAAGCAUGGGGGCCAUUGUUGCGGCAUUGGAAAACACGGAGAAGGAAACAGGUAUGAAUUAAAUAGAAGCUGAAACAUUUUAUAUCUCUUGAUUGUGCAUUUCGUGAUCCUUCCCAAAUUAGGACGCUGUCCUGUUGAAUUAGUGAGCAGCAACUGCAUGGAGAAAAGUAAACAAAUUGGAAUCGUUUUUGCUCCCACAGGAAUUCCUCUUGAACGUGUCCACGAGUACAGCGAGUACUGGGAACGAGCGAGGAAUCUGUACGCUCCGUUUGAGAGCACUGUCACCAUGAAGACCGGAAAUGCUGACGUGUACGAGAACGAGAUUCCUGGGGGACAGUACACUAACCUUCACUUCCAGGCCUACUCGCUCGGCCUGGCUGAUCAGUUCACCGAUGUCAAAAAGAAAUAUGCGCUGGCUAACGAGCUGCUGGGUGAUGUAGUGAAGGUAUGACAGUGUUGUUGAUGAAAGAUUUUCAAAUUUCAUUUGUCACGAUUUUAAUGCAGGCAUCGUAGGAACUUUGUGCACCAUUCUUACAGUAAUCCAACCCAUCAUCCAUUACAGUUUUGUCUCUCCCCCAUAGAGGAUGCUAAUCUGUUGCACCUCCUCAAAUUUUCUUGCAGUUCACGGAUACCCAUCAAUCAAAUAUACCCCUGGGUGCAGGGAAAAACAAAACUACAACGAGCUCCACGUGGGAAAAUAUUUCUUGGAUGUUUUCAUUUCUGUUAUGACUUGAUAUUUUGCUUUGAGGUAUUCUUCGGUCAAGAAGCUUCAAGAUAGCUAAUCUUCAUGAUCUUGACUGGGCCGUUUUUAUAUCUACAACAAGAACUCCCCUUUAAGAAACUAAAAGAAUUUCUAUUUUCUUCAUAGGUGACUCCAACCUCCAAGGUGGUUGGUGACUUGGCUCAGUUUAUGGUGCAGAACAAGUUGGAUGAUCGCGAUGUGCUCGCCAAGGCUGAUGAACUUGACUUCCCAUCUUCAGUGGUAGAGUUCUUGCAAGGUUAUUUGGGUCAACCGCAUGGCGGUUUCCCUGAACCCCUUCGAACAAAGGUUAGUUAAUUUCCCUAAUUUGAAAUUACACCUUCUUUUUAAGCGUUUUGUGCAAGAAAAAAGAACUUGAAAUCGAGGGCUUUCUUGUGUCCAAAGAACCUUGUUGAACUCGCGUUAUUUAAAGUGAAAAGAACUCUGGGUUCCGACGCAAACAUUCUAAUUGUGUCGACAAAUACAACGCCAUUUCUUUGUUUUAUUUGAAAAAAAAAAAAUUAUUAUUUUCCUUUUAUUUCAUCUUCCAUAUUUCAAGAAAAAAAAUUGAUUAAUUAAUUUAUUAUCACAGCGAAGAUAAUCAACUUUUUUACGAUACUUUUUGACCCGUUAUCGAGGAUCUUCAUGUAUUUUUGAAUAUCACAAUCACUUAUGACUGACUACUUUUCUGUGUAAACAAUUGUCUCUAAAAACUUUCCCCAACUCUCUCCUGAUAUCCUUCUUCAAGAACGCGUAAGCGAGAGGAUUUGCAGCGGCGUUUAAUAGAAAGAAAAACAAAACGACGUCUAUUAAAGCUGACGGACAGACUGUACAGAAAAAUAAGUAAGUUUCGAUCGAGUAGCAGAAAACGAAGAUGAAAACCACGACUGCUACAACCGUCGCCGAGGACGCCUCAGGGAUCCGUCGGAAAAUUUUCGGCUUUUCGUCGGAGAUAGGUCGAUUAUAUUGCAAAUCGGCCAGGAGAGACGAGAUUUCUUUCUUAUGCCUUCGAACAAUCACGAGCAUGUGAAUAGUGGCUAAAGUCAGGAAGAUCAUGGGAAGAAAUUCAAGAACGCACUUUCUAACGACGGUUACAGCAAAUACCGUGGCCGAUGCACUGAAAUGCGUUACGAUGACUGUGUGAAGAAUCCACACCACUGCUGGAAAAGUCCAUGUUGCGGCUAUCAUCGGGAAGCUCUUUGUUGGCGUCAUGUAAACAAUGUACUUGAGAGGCAACGCAAUGGCGACGUAACGAUCGAUUGUCAUCGCGCAUAGAUUCCCUACCGAAGCGUGUAGCAGAAAACUCAGGAGAAUCGUGAUAACGUGACCCUUUUGUGAAGAACACAAACUCCAUCGAAUCUUGCAGGUGUACAGAGUAGGGAAGAAAAAUAUACCAAUGAAGAAAUCGGCAGCCGCUAGGGACGUAACGAACCAGUUAGCUGUAGUUCGCAGCCGUCUUUUUGUUAUAAUGAGCCAAAUCACAACUGCGUUUCCUGCCACGGCCAUAAUAGUGGGGAACCAACCGAUAAUCCAGAACCAUUUGUGCAUGUUCUGUACCUUGCCUCUUCUCCCCGAUUGGAGCUCGAUGCUAUGAAUUUUGUUCGGUCUCUGAAGAAAUUGGCGGGCCGAAAUUUAGACCAAAGAUCGAUGUGAAAACUGUUUCGUACCAAAAUCCAGGCUUUUCGCCUUCAAUCCAUGGAAAAUUGUUCUCAAUUUGCUUUUCACUCGCCAGUUGUAUUGUUUCUGUUUGAAAAAGCUGGUCGACGUUAAUGGAGCAGAAAUUUUCUUUUCUUUUCUUUUCUUUUCAAGUUCACCUGGAGACGAAAGAUGAGUGCCUGACUUGUUUCGUUCAGACGGCUGUGAAACAGUUUCAAAUAUCACCAGCCUCUUGCGAUUGAAAAACUCUCCUAAUUUUUUAAUUAAUUAAUAUUUUCCAGCAUUUGCUCUCUUUUCAAUUGUUUGCUCAAACGUGCCAAGUUCUUUUCCAGAUCAUCACUUCACCUGCUUCCAAUUGUUUCGGAUCUCGCAUUUUCCUUAUUACAAACAUUCUUUCCGGAAAGGAAGUGUAAACAAUUUCGUAAGUUUUUUUUCUGUUUCGACUAUGGUACAAUCUCGAUUUUGAAAACACCAUACUGUACCAUACUGAAUCAUAGAGGAAAUAAAUUUUGACGUAAAUAUUUAAUGCCUUUACAACCCUAAAAAAACGGUAUUCAUAUUUUUCACACUGUUCUCCUUAUAUUUCCUAAGGUGAUGACCAGGAAAAUUUGUUUAACGAUCAAUAGCUUUUUUAGUUGGUGAUCAUUUCAUUUAUUCUCAUGACUUUGGUGUGUGAUUCAGGGGUAAUAUUGUAGGGAGAAUUUGGAUGCUUGGGAUUAAAGGGCAGAAAAAAAGACUUGUUCUUUUUACGACUCAAACGCACAAACGAUGUCUUGUUAUAUUAUCUGUACUAUCCUAUUGACAAUUGUUAAAGAGCUGUACAUGUCUUUAAAACUAAACAAACUCAUUAUGAAGGUAAGACGCUCGAAUUAUAAUAAAUGACGAUGACUAAACAAGAAGUUUUUUUUUUUCAAUUCUCUCGAAAAUAGCGCGCGUGGAGGCUUUCAUCAUUGGCUCUUCGGCACGAUUGUUUCUUCGCCCGCGGUUAAGUAUGACGCUUUAAGAAAAGUGAGUUGGGAGAGGUCUGUAAGGCAUCUGGCACUGAUAGUUAUUUGUGCCAGAUCCCCAGCAAACCUCUCCCCGACGUCUCCAAUCUUCCCGCGGGCAGAGAAACGCACGUCCCGAAUAGUUGAUGAAGAGGGCCUGUUCCCAGGCCAUCUCAAGAAAAAACGCGGUUGUGUUCUUUGUAGUUUCUGCAUUUACCUUGUGAACAUUCUUCAUCAAAAUUCGUCGACAGUUUUCAGCCGUUUUUGUCUGCGCAAUGUAAGAAUGACAUCCAAUAUAAUACAGUGCUGUUGAUAAAAGCCAUAAGCUGACCGAAACCGCUGCCAAAAACCGUCUGCCUUAUUCAGCCGGCUUCUUUCACCUCAUUUUACCGCAGAAGCCGAUGAAAAAUCGUACAAAUAUUGAAAUGACAUUUGUUAAAUACUGUUUGAUAGUCCUUUCCCAGUUUUGAGUGCAGUUAAAUCCAUAAUUGAUGAGUAACUGGUUUAAAUGAGUGAAUAGAUUCCACGUUCUGAAAUAUCCUGAAGGUUCGAGUGUCUUUCGUGGAAAAGCCUGGGACAUUUUGACUUAACAGUUCCCAGUCUCGCGUGUCAUCACACGAAAUAACAUGGCGUCCACGAUAACCUGGCCGCCUACAAAUGCUCAUUUGCCUUCUAUCGUUAACUUAGUUGAAAACCCUCUGUUGUUCCUGCAGGCUUUAAAGGGACGCCCCACAAUUGAUGGAAGGCCAGGAGAAUCUUUGGAGCCACUCGACUUUGACGCACUGAAAAGUAAACUGCAAGAGGAAUUCGGUAAGAAGUGCGCCAGGUUGAUCUAAAUUUACAAUAAUCUGUAUAUUUUUAAAUUAUUUGUCGAUCUAUGUACCUCAGCUUGUUUAAUGGAAAAAGGACAUUUUUGAAACGUCCGAUCUGUGAUCAGGGUCAGUUUAUUCUCGUUUUUAUCGACGAUCUCUUUUAAGAGGGGAGAGGCCGGUAUGAAAGGAGUGGCUAAACCUGAGAGAAAUAUAGCUGAGCCCGUAUUAAGCGGUCACCCUGUAUUAUUUAGCGGUCGGUUGUCAAAGUCCAGAAUUUUUUUUCCCCUUUAGCAAACUUAUUUUCACCUGUAUUAGGCGUUCACCUCUAUUAGGCGUAUAGGCCUGUUUUUAUCGUCUUCCACUGUAUCGAACGCACAUUUAAAGCAAAACCACUCAAAUGAAACUAAGAAGAAUCUCUCGAGUCAAGUUUAUUCCGUAUUUAUCUCUGAAAUCGUUGUAGGCACUUUGAAUUCAAAUAUCCUCACCGUUUUGCCGAUUAUCUUUUUUCUUUGGACUGUUAAGACAUGCACAAGACAUGCGCAAGUCAUUUGCUGGUGAACCUGUGUGGAACGGUCACCCUGCCAUUCCUUCUGGUUGGCCUUAUCAUACAGGUUUUAUUGUAUGAGGAAAACGGGGACUUAACCCUUUAUCUCCCGUGAGUGACCAGGACAGAAUUUCUCCCUACAAUAUCAAUACAAUAUACAGCUGACAAGGGAAGAAAUUUUUUAAAAAAUUGAUAAAGGGGUUAUAAGUUGAUUAAAUACCAAAUUCUCCUAACUAAAAUCAUAAGAAUUGCAUGGCAGAGAGAAAGGAGAAUUAGCUAUGAGAUGUUGAGAGGCAAAGGGGCUACUUCAAUGUUACCAUUGAUCAGAUGGCAAUGGUGAGAUUGCACCAAACGUAAUGUUCUCUACCAGAGGCGGAACAUGUCACAGAUCUAAAAACUGUAACCUUACUUGGACAUCUUAAUUAAUUCUUUAGCCCUCUUUUCAAACCUCAUAGCCCUCAAAGCGGUAGAAAAUCUCUAAUGUUAAGCACGCGCUUUUGUUUUGCAGGAGAAAAUGCUAUCCGAGAUGAGGACGUACUUAGCGCCGCUCUGUACCCCAAAGUUUUCAAUGAUUACAUGGUGUUCAGGGAGGAGUUUGGUCCAGUUGAUGGACUACCCACCAGACUCUUCUUCACUGGCCCUGAAAUCGGAGAAGAAUUCCAAGUGGCGAUCGAGCCUGGAAAAGUUUUGAACAUCAAAGUACUGGCCAUCAGUGACUUGCACCCGAAUGGACAGAGAGAAGUAUUCUGUGAGAUGAACGGACAACUGAGAACAGUUUUGGUGGAGGACAAGUCUGUAACAAAGGUAUCUACUGCCUUAGCAUGAAAAGAAGCUCUCGUAUAUCGUAUAUAUCAAAGUUUUUCGAAGUUAAUUUUUAGAGUCAUAUCUAUCCUGAUUUUAAAUGUCUUUUUUAUGUUCACCUCGGUGCAAAGAUUUAACUCAUGAAAUUGUUAUUUUGUGAAAAUCAAAGUUACCAUGGCAGUAAAAAGCACCAAAUCCUGAACCAACUCAGAUCUUAAAAAUUCUCUAACAGUAACUUCGUUAAGCGACGGGUUCAUGGUCUGAGUUGACAAAUUAUCCUUGCAAGUAAGCUGCGUUAAAAAAAAUUGCGGGAAAGAGACCGUGAAAAAUUCAUGCUUAGCUGGGACUCGAACCCAUGCCUCCCAUGGUCCGUUAAAUCAGGAACCCAAGGGAUGGGCUCCUGGUUAAAUAUAUAAAAAAGAAUUCCUUAAGUUUCUGUCUCGCGGGUUAACGAUCUCUCUUCAUUAUUGUUAUUAUCAUUAUUGUUCUUACUGGUGCUAAUUUUUCCCUUCAUGCAAUCUGACAAUUGUUUUUUUUUUCUUCCUCCUUUCUCAGACUCUUGAGCGACAUCCCAAAGCCGACAAAUCUGUCAAAGGUUCCGUGGGAGCCCCCAUGCCGGGUAAAGUUGUCGGCAUCCGAGCAAAAGAGAACGAAGUAGUGAAGAAGGGAGACCCGCUGGUUGUUCUCAGCGCCAUGAAGAUGGAGACUAACGUGACUGCCCCUAUCGACGGAACUGUGACGAAGAUUUCCGUCAAAUUGAACCAGAACUUAGAGGCCGGCGAUCUCUUGGUGGAUAUCGAGCCUUUAAGUUAAACCGGUCGGUGACUGAUCGUAAUCGUUCGGUGCACCUUCGGAUAACUUCGGGAAGUUUCUAAUGAUAUUGUCGGUGUACAAGCACGUCCGUGUCAUGUGGUUCAACAUUAUCAAUAGUCGAAUGCUAGAAUGUGUAUUGGUAUUGUAUCCAAAGUUGAAUCAUGGAAAGCACUUCUCAAUGAAAUCUGAUGUCAGAAAUGGGUGGUCUAUAGUGGUCCCCUACCCUUUAACUCUCAAGAUCCAAUUAGUUAUUCUCCCAACUGACUACCACAUAUUCCUUUGCAAAUUAGGCAAGAGAAUUGAAUGUUAUGUCAAGAUAACACGCGCUAGCGGUUUACUAUGUUUGUUCUCCUAACCUGUUUGCAUGAUAACACAUCGAAAUCACAGUUACAUGUUAGUCACUCACGGGAGUUAAAGGGUUAAGAUACUCUUUGAUUUAACUUAUUUUAGGUUUUGCGAUUGCUUUUUAUUGGUUUAUGGUUUUUGUGGUAUGUUUUGUUGUCAGUGUUUACUUCCCUGUCUUCAUUUUCAAUACGUUAACAAAUCAUUCUCAAUCCCUCUAAUUUUGUUUAAUUUAUCAAAUUUAGAAUUUUACUUGGGUUUCCAAUAAAAAUGAUCACAAUUGAAAUAAGUUAUCUCCAAAAUACUUAAUAGUGAGAGGAACACGAGAAGUUUAAGACGUUAAUUUAAGGAUUUAAAUAUUUUAGCAAGUUCUACUUUCAAUCAACAAUCUUAAGUUGAUGUCGACCCACAGAAAUGUCAUUAUCUACCAAAACGAGAGUAAAUAUAUCUAUGAACUAACUUAUAAUUUGCAAUUUGUGGGGCUUAAAAUAUUUCAGGCGAUUUAUGGAAAAACGCCGAUUUCAGAUUAGACUUGAAUACAAUUUUCAGGCUGAGACACGUUGGGACGAAUAAGGAAUUCACUAGGUUCAAUUUUUUCUAAACAGUCAGAAAGAGUGUAAAAGUUUUAAGGAAGCUUCAUUGGUAAAUUUGAUAAAUAAAUCUAAGUGA